UCACUUUAAGACCCGACUGAAGACGGAAGGAGCUAAAAUAUUCACAGUGCAAGAUUGUUGAACAUGAAACAAAAUAAUAAAAAGUCAUCCUGUUGUUGUUUUCUUCUUUCAGUGAUUCACACGCUGCAGUAUUUCUACACUGCGUCCUCUCAAGUUCCAAACUUCCCAGAGUAUGUGAUUGUUGGUUAUGUUGAUGGAGUUCAGAUUGUUCACUAUGACAGCAACAGCAGGAAAGCAGAAGCCAAACAGGACUGGAUGAACAAAAUCACAGCAGAGAAUCCAAAAUACUGGCAGAGACAAACAGAGGUCGGUGUUGUUAGUGAGUUGAGGGACAAAAACAGCCUUGAAGUUCUUAAGAAGCGUUUCAACCAAACUGGAGGUGUUCACAUUCUCCAGUGGAUGACUGGAUGUGAAUGGAAUGAUGAGACUGAUGAAGUUAAAGGUUGGCGUCAGCAAGGUUAUGAUGGAGAAGAUUUCAUAUCGUUGGACAUGAAGACAUGGACAUUUACUGCAGCAAAACAACAAGCUUUCCCCGACAAACUCAAGUGGGACCAGAACAAACAUCUACUAGAAUACGAGAAGUUUUACUUCACUGAGGAAUGUCCUUCUUACUUGAAGAAGUAUGUGAACAAUGGGAAGGAGGUCCUAAUGAGAACAGAGCUUCCAGAGGUGUUCCUGCUCCAGAAGACGCCGUCCUCUCCGGUCAGCUGCAUGGCGACAGGUUUCUACCCCGACGGUGCCGACCUGUUUUGGAGGAAAGACGGCGAGCAGAUCUUCGAGGACGUGGAGCACGGAGAGAUACUCCCCAACCACGACGGAACCUUCCAGAUGUCGGUGGCGCUGAAAGUGGAGGUGACGGCCGACGUGGAGGGCAAGUACGAAUGUGUGUUUCAGCUGUCAGGCGUCAAGGAGGACUUGGUCACCAAGCUGGAGAGAAGAAGCAUCCUGAGCAACGCAAGCCUGAAGAUGCUGGUCCAGGUGAAGUACAACCAACAGCAGAAGUAUGUGAAGCUGGAUGACGUUGAGGGACAGUUUGACUUUAUCCAAUUCCAUGGAAAAGUCAUUGAGAGAUUUUGCCUGCCACCCGAUGCAAGCAUUAUGUACAAGGAUGCAACAGGGACAGAAGUUGAUGCGGAAAUAUUCAGCGACCUGGUUGGACAAGGCAAUGUGGUGCUGACAAUAUUCUCAAGCCAGGAAUUUUCAGACCUGUCCUUGUCCUCUGCAUCUGAGAUCUCUGACUCUAGCUUCAACUCAAGCGGAACUCUUACCAUGGAUGAGAUCCCUCGCAAGAGACAGCGAAAAGAGAAUAAACAUGAUGCAACAUCAGCUAAACAGGUUUGA